UAAAUUGGACUCACAUUAGAUCACCAGCAAAUUACAGCAAUGUAAUCUCUACAGCAAUUUAGGAAAUUGCCGUGGACGCUGCCUUUUGUCCCUGCUUUGUGGUACAGGCUUUCUGUCCCUGCCACCCUGAACUUCAGGUCGCCGUUACUCACAUUGCCUUUGUUAUGCUCUGGAGAAAGGAAACACUGAUAGCAACACUGACAGAGAGCAGGAAAAGGAGGAGAACAUUGGAGGGCAAAGGAAGCUCAAAGGAAGUGAAGGACAGGGUCAGAGCCUCACGGCUCAGCACCGACACAUCGGGGGUCUGCAGGCUUCACCAGCUUAACAGCCAGAAUCUGUAAAAGGUAUUUUAAGCCCUUAUCUCUUUAUGACCCUGACCUACCACAAAACCUCAGCCACCAACACAAAAAGCGCCCGUGUGCUCUAAAUAGAGGCUGUGUCACUGCAGGUACACCGAGUCGCUGCUCCGUGAAACCAGGAAACCUGGUUUCUGUGGGGCAGGUGAGAAGUUCUGCCCCUGCACCUGGUACAGGGAGAGUCAUCCCCUGCGUAAAGCACGUAACCUUUCGCUCAAAGGCAAACCCAAAUGCCAUCACCCCUGGUCCACAACCCCCUUGCUCCCCCCCCGGCAGGUGGGAGGGCUGAGGGAAGGGCAGGACCCGAGCGAGGAGUUCCCCUCAGUGCUUCCCGGGCGGGGAAGGGAGGGCCGUGCCCCCGCUAUUAGUACCGUCCCGCCCGCAUCCCGCCUCACAGCGCUCCGCCAGCAGCAUGCCGGGGUUCCGCGCCGCGCUGCCCGCCGCCCUCCUCCUCCUUCUCCUCAGCUCCUUCCCGCCCGCCGCGGCGGAGCAGCCCCCGUGGCCGUGGACUCCGGGCGCGAUGCACGCGCUGAAUCCCAGCGACCGCCAUGCCUCCAGGGCGGCGUGGACAGCGCUGCACUACAGCAACUACCACGAGGCGUCCCCCAGCACGCUGCGGGCUCUGCGGCAGGUGCUGAAGGCCACCGUCAAGAUCAUUCCAGGACUUGGUGUGAAGUAUUACCUGCAGUUUACUACUGAAGGCUACAUAAACGGGGAAAAUGCUGGGAGCUGCCUUGCUACAGUCUUGUACCUAAAGAAGUCUCCACCUGAAGUCUAUAUCAAGUGUGCGCACACUCAGGAUAAGAAACAAAUCCAAGAAGAGGACAACAAAUUUUACCAUUAUCUUCAUCAUCAAACGAAACCAAUAAUUGCAAAUAAUAUUCCAGACAGCCAUGGAAAUAUUGACCGUGCCCAUCUUCCAUUGUGGGGCUUGGCUAUUGCUGGUAGCAGUUACAUCAUGUUGGAGAAGUCAACAGAGAACUUGGGUUACUUCAUGGCACAAGUCAAGGCUGUGAAGCAGCGGAUAAGGAAGGACAGUGCUGUUGAGUUUGAAUUCAUUGUCUUGCUCCAUGAAACUCCAACACAGAAAAUAGAGCUCUGUCACAUGCACCUCAUUUGGACACUCAGUCCCCCUCUGAGAGUGAAAUACAUCUGCACUUCAGAUAACCACUGGCUCGAAGAUGGAUCAGGACAGGACUAUGGAUCAGCUGCUGGACUGUUUCAUGAAAAGGAAGGGAAUUUUUAAAAGCGAUUGUUAGCUUUAUGCACACAUUAAAUGGGAAACCUUUGUGUAACAGGCCUGAAGUUGUGAUCAUUUUUCAAUCCAAGCCUCAUUACAGUAAAUUUGAAUCAUCUAUUUGUUCCAGAAUGAACCUCUAUAAUUUCUCUAAAUUAAUGUUCUAGGGACCUACCUAAAAACUUUGCUACUAUACAUACACAGAGAAGUAUACACAAGUUGAUUAUGUCAUUAACUUUCUGUUACUUACAGUAACAAAGUUUCUGAACAAAAUUAAUAUAUCAGAUAAAAAUCUUGAGAAAAGUACUAAUCUGUCACUAAGAGAUAUUUGCUAUUUUUUUUGAGAUAGCUACCUGCUGAUUUUUAAAUAACCUCCAAUAAAAUAAAUACCAUUAUA